UCUUUGCUGCGAGUCGGACCAAUGCGAACUACAUUUCCCGUGGCUUUCUGCGCGGUUGGGCUUACGUAUGCUGGUCUCUUCACGCGUCUAUGCAGCGAUAAAUGUGGUCAUUGAACGAUACUAGCCCAGGCACAUUUGCAUGGCCAUCAGGAUUAAGCGGUGCUGCCUGCAUUAAUGAAUGUGCAAUCAUAACACAAGCCUGUGGUUAAACGUCACAGCAGCACAGAGGAGGUGUGGAGGAGUAGAGGAUGAUAAUGCAGCGCUUCCUAACUCAUGGUGCACGGCGUAUGGCAGCUGCACGCCCAUUACUGGUGGGUGUCACUAUCCCUGAACCACCAGUAGCAUUUUGUUGCUGUGUCCUCCGUCUGUCACUACCACCAUCGACAGGCCAACACUGGCUGUCAACCUCAGCCUCAAGCAAGGCAGCACAUCAGCCAAAACACGAGCCACCACAGGAGGAACCACAGUCAAGCUCAAAACCUCAAGCACAGGAGAUCCAGAAAGGGGAAGCUGGGCCUGAUGCUGUCGAGGUGGAUCCCCUGCAGGACAAGUCCACUGGUCUGGUCCAGAGGUUUAAGAGGACCUUCAAACAGUAUGGGAAGGUGAUGAUCCCUGUACAUCUCAUGACGUCCUCAGUCUGGUUUGGAACCUUCUAUUACGCUGCUAUGAAAGGUGUGAAUGUAGUGCCCUUCCUGGAGAUGAUUGGUCUACCUGAGUCACUAGUUGGCCUUUUGAGAGACUCUUCGAGUGGUUACGCUCUGACUGCGUAUGCCAUGUACAAGAUUGCAACCCCUGCGAGAUAUACGGCAACUCUGGGCGGCACAUCACUAUCUGUUCAGUAUCUCCGCAAGCACGGCUACUUAUCAACACCACCACCGGUUAAAGAAUACAUCCAGGACAAAAUGGAGGAGACCAAGGAGAAACUGACAGAAAAGAUGGAGGAGACAAAGGAGAGAUUUUCAGAGAAAAUGGAGGAAACAAAAGAACGUUUCUCUGAGAAAAUGGAAGAGACUAAGGACAAGCUUUCUGAAAAAUUGCAGGAAACCAAAGAUAGAGUUUCAGAGGGAAAAGCGUUUUUUAGAAAGAAAAGCGAUUAGGGAAAACCGUUUACAGAUGACGCCUCUGAAUAAAUUAUCCUAUUUUGAUCCAAACAAAUAAUCCGUAAGCUUGGGGGAAAUAACAGACUGCACUUGUGAGACUGUGCGCUAAGAGGAGACAGAGUUUGUACUAUCCUUGUCCUAAAGUUUCACUUCACACAUCUCAGUUAUCAGUUGUUGUCUAUUUACGUGUCAAAUUCUGUCCUUGUCCAAACUCUGCCACGAUGCACUGUAAAUGUAGACCAGUGGUUCCCAACCUUUUUGGUCUGAGGUACCCCUAAAGCCCUGUUGGAGGGCUGUGUAAUUUUAUCAUACAAGUAAAUAUUAAGGUUGGUUUGGUCAGCAAUCAUACUACAAAAAAGCUACUACUUUUACUACUACUUCAGUUAGCUGAAAGUAAUACAUUAGUAUUACUUUCAGCUAACUAUUUUAACCUAUUCUCCAUUAAUUUUAGCUACCUGUUCAAACUUCUGUGCUAGCUUGCUAACAAGUUUUCACACACUCUUACAUAAUUGCAACACAGUGUUCAGGUGUUAACUUAAUGCUAAUAUGUUGAUAUUUUCUUUGAAUCAAAUCAUUAUUUCAAAUUAGUUGAGCUACUCUCCAAUCUUUCCAUGUACUCCCUGGAAACUGCAGAAGUACUCCUGGUUGGGAAUCAUUUAGCUUAACCGGAUCCUGGUAAUGCAUCAUUCUUCAUUCUUAUCUCAGACUGGAUUUCCACAGCCUCAAGUGAUCUGGACUGUAAAAAUUAGAGAAGCUGUGUUCUUAUUUCUCUUUACAUAAAUAUAUGAGGGGAAAAAAGAGGUCUGGGCUUCGAAGGGUUAAAAAAAAAUGUCUGUGUAAAA